CGUGUCUCGUCGACUCGCGGUCUCAGCCUCCGUGUCUGCAGCCUGCUUUGUUGAUGCCGGCGUACGCGACGUCCAGCAACGAACAACUUGAAAGCAGCAAUCGUGCAGGAUCACCGUAGCACUCAAAGUCCAAAUACGAAGCGAUAUCUGCAGCCAUCGUGCAAGCAGUGAGAUCGACAGCAUUGCAGCCACUGUAUCACCAAGCAGCCGCACGCCAUCGCCGCAUUGGUGCGCCAGCAAGCAAUACAUAAAAGAUGUGCACCCCACCAAAAGCGCCCGUCGUCGUCGAGGCCCCGAAGGACGCGGUCGAGCGCCGCGUGACCCCACCAUUGUCCCCGAGGAGCCGCCUGCGCGUCACACGCGGCGAAGAAACAAGGAUGCCGACGGCCCACGGCGACUUCGACGCGGUCUGCUACACGGAAACGAAUUCGGGCCUCGAGCACCUCGUGCUGACGAGGGGCGACGUGAGCACUGCCCAAGCACCUUUAGCAAGGGUCCACAGCGAGUGCGCGACGGGUGAUAUAUUUGGGAGCCGUCGAUGUGAUUGUGGGGAACAAUUACAAAAGUCGCUCCAGUUAAUUGCCGCGGCGGACGCGGGCGUCUUGAUCUACCUGCGGGGCCAGGAGGGCCGGGGCAUCGGUUUGAAUGCGAAACUCACAGCCUACGCCUUACAAGAUCAAGGUAGGGACACGAUCGAGGCGAACGAGGACCAGGGUUUGCCGGUGGACGCGCGGCGCUACGACGCCGUCGCGCACAUUUUGUCAGAUCUGCGCGUCGAUGCGGUUCGCUUGCUCACGAACAACCCGGCGAAGUGCGAGGCGCUCGAGGCGUUGGGGGUGCGGGUGCAGGAGCGCGUGCCCGUGCUCACGGCGCCGACGCCGGAGAACUACAAAUACCUGCGCACGAAGCAGGACCGCAUGGGCCAUCGGUUGGAGCUCGAUUAAUGUUCUAGACUAGAUUUCGACGCCGCCGCCGCGACGCGAUGGGAGUGUUUGUGUCGGGUCGCGGCGAUGGCGUAUGGGUGGCGCCAGAUCGACGUCGGGACUCAGGCUAAUAUAUUAUGGACAACUAG